GCGUCACGCUCCUUGACCGUCCCUCAACGACCACGACGACGAGCUCGCCUUUGUAGUUCGCCAUGGCCGGCCAUCCUGGUCCUCGAAGCCAGGAAGGCAUGUAUACCUCCCCCUCCCCUCCUUCCUCCGACCCCCAUGAUCCCUUCAGCAACUCCCAGGCCGCCGAUGGGAGAUACUUCGAUAACGACUCUGACAACUAUGGCCGUCGCGAUACCUACAUGUCCGACGGCAGCCAGAACGGCCUGAAUGACGAUGACCGCUAUUACGAUCACCAUGGGGCGUAUGACCCGUACGGCCCACAGCCAGAUACAGACUCCGAGGUCGAUGUGUACGGCACGAAGUAUACGCCAUCCUCGGAAUCGCUGGGACCCCCGCGCAUAGGCAUCUCUGACGCGUCCACACCGACCUACGUCGAAGGCAAUAGCCCGUCGGGCGCCCGCGAGCCUUAUCCUGCGUGGAGUUCGGAGCGGCAGAUUCCCCUAUCGAAGGAGGAGAUAGAGGAUAUCUUUCUUGAUCUGACACAGAAGUUUGGGUUCCAGCGCGACUCGAUGCGGAAUAUGUUCGACUUUAUGAUGCAGCUCCUCGAUAGUCGCGCGUCGCGCAUGUCGCCCAACCAGGCACUGUUAACGCUUCACGCAGAUUACAUUGGCGGGCAACACGCGAACUACCGGAAGUGGUACUUUGCGGCGCAGCUUGAUCUGGAUGACGCGGUUGGGCAGACACAGAAUCCCGGGCUCCAACGCCUCAAGUCGGUCAAGUCGGUAAAUAAGCGGGCUCCACCCAGGAAUGCCUCGCAAAAGUCUCUCAGCGGCGCGAUGGACCGCUGGCGGCAGGCGAUGCACAACAUGAGCCAGUACGACCGCAUGCGGCAGAUUGCGCUCUGGCUGCUGUGCUGGGGCGAGGCCGCCCAAGUGCGAUUUGUACCCGAAUGCUUGUGUUUCAUUUUCAAGUGCGCGGAUGACUAUUACCGAAGUCCAGAGUGCCAGAGCCGGAUCGAUGCCGUGCCUGAGGGGCUGUAUCUCCGGUCUGUGGUUAAGCCGCUCUAUAGGUUCAUACGUGAUCAGGGAUACGAGGUUGUCGAUGGCAAGUUCGUGCGGAGAGAACGAGAUCACGAGAGCAUCAUUGGCUACGAUGAUGUCAAUCAGUUGUUCUGGUACCCAGAAGGCAUUGCUCGUAUCGUGCUGACUGACAAAACUCGACUGGUCGACUUGCCCCCAGCACAGCGGUUCAUGAAGUUCGACAGGAUCGACUGGAACCGUGUCUUUUUCAAGACGUACUACGAGAAGCGCUCCUUUGGACACUUGCUUGUCAACUUCAACCGUAUCUGGGUUAUCCACAUAGCCAUGUACUUCUUCUACACCUCGUACAAUUCACCCACCAUCUACAAUGGCGAUAAUUCGGCGGCCAUCCGAUGGUCCGCUACUGCGCUCGGCGGUGCAGUCGCGACUGCUAUCAUGAUCGCUGCUACACUGGCCGAAUUCUCUUAUAUCCCGACGACAUGGAACAACACCUCACAUCUUUCCCGACGCCUCCUUUUCCUGCUCGUCACCCUGGCGCUCACUGGUGGUCCGACGAUCUACGUCGCGAUCGCGGUAAGCAACGGGUCUGGCGGUUCCGUUCCCCUGAUCAUCGGUAUUGUGCAGUUCUUUAUAUCGGUUGUCGCGACGCUUCUGUUCGCUAUCGUUCCCUCCGGACGGAUGUUCGGCGAUCGGGUGGCAGGCAAGUCACGAAAAUAUCUCGCGAGCCAGACAUUCACGGCCAGCUACCCGUCGCUGAAGCACUCGGCGCGGCUGUCGUCCAUUGUGCUCUGGGUCCUCAUCUUCGGCUGCAAGUUCACCGAAUCGUACUUCUUCCUUACGCUGUCGUUCAGGAGUCCGAUCCGCGUGAUGGUGGGCAUGAAGAUCCAGAACUGCAACGACAAGUAUUUCGGCAAUGCUCUCUGUAGGAACCAGGCGGCGUUCACGCUCACCAUCAUGUACUUGAUGGACUUGGUGCUGUUCUUCCUUGAUACAUUCCUGUGGUGGAUCAUUUGGAAUACGAUCCUCAGCAUUGCGCGGUCGUUCUGGCUUGGACUGUCGAUCUGGACUCCAUGGAAGGAUAUAUACAUGCGGUUGCCGAAGCGGAUCUACGCGAAGCUGCUCGCUACAUCCGACAUGGAGACAAAGUACAAGCCCAAGGUCCUGGUGUCGCAAAUAUGGAAUGCGAUCAUCAUCUCCAUGUAUCGCGAGCACCUGCUGUCCAUUGAUCACGUGCAGAAACUGUUGUACCACCAGGUUGAUGCCGGACAGGAUGGUCGUCGCAGUCUUCGAGCUCCGCCGUUCUUCAUCUCUCAGAGCGAUAAGGGUUUCAGGGGCGAAUUCUUCACCCCGGGCAGUGAGGCAGAACGCCGGAUAUCGUUCUUUGCACAGUCUCUCACUACUGCUGUACCGGAACCGCUACCUGUUGAUGCCAUGCCGACGUUUACGGUGCUCACGCCUCACUAUAGCGAGAAGAUCUUGUUGUCUCUUCGCGAGAUUAUCAGGGAGGAGGACCAGAACAGCCGUGUUACACUUUUGGAAUACCUCAAGCAGCUGCAUCCGGUUGAGUGGGACAACUUUGUCAAAGAUACCAAGAUUCUGGCAGAAGAGUCCGCUAUGUACAAUGGCCCUAGUCCGUUUGGCUCUGAUGAGAAAGGACAGUCGAAGACGGACGAUCUCCCCUUCUACUGCAUCGGUUUCAAAAGCGCAGCACCUGAAUUCACUCUUCGGACGCGUAUCUGGGCAUCAUUGCGCGCACAGACGCUUUACCGCACGGUCUCUGGUAUGAUGAACUACGCGAAGGCGAUCAAGCUUCUCUAUCGUGUCGAGAACCCAGAAGUUGUACAACUCUUCGGCGGCAACACAGACAAACUGGAGCGCGAGCUUGAGCGCAUGGCCCGUCGCAAGUUCAAGUUCGUCGUAUCCAUGCAGCGGUACUCGAAGUUCAACCGCGAGGAGCAGGAGAAUGCAGAGUUCCUUCUUCGUGCAUAUCCUGAUCUUCAGAUUGCAUAUCUCGAAGAAGAGGCUCCUCGCAAGGAAGGUGGCGAAGUUCGGUUGUUCUCUGCGCUGAUUGAUGGACACUCCGAAUUUAUCCCCGAGACCGGCCAUCGUAAGCCCAAGUUCCGCAUCGAGCUCCCCGGUAACCCUAUCCUCGGUGAUGGGAAGUCUGAUAACCAGAACCACGCGAUCAUCUUCUACCGUGGCGAGUACCUGCAGCUUAUUGAUGCCAACCAAGAUAACUACCUGGAGGAAUGCUUGAAGAUCCGCAAUAUCCUCGGCGAGUUUGAGGAGUACUCCGUGUCAACCCAGAGUCCUUACGCUCAGUGGGGCCACAAGGAGUUCAAGAAGAACCCAGUUGCGAUCGUCGGCGCCCGCGAGUACAUCUUUUCUGAGAACAUCGGUAUCCUCGGUGAUUUGGCGGCAGGCAAGGAGCAGACGUUCGGUACCUUGACAGCGCGUUCUUUGGCAUGGAUCGGCGGCAAACUCCAUUACGGUCACCCCGACUUCCUCAACGCCAUCUACAUGACAACUCGUGGUGGCGUAUCGAAGGCUCAAAAGGGUCUGCACCUCAACGAGGAUAUCUACGCUGGUAUGAACGCAUUCGGCCGCGGUGGUCGUAUCAAGCACACGGAAUACUUCCAGUGCGGCAAAGGACGUGAUCUUGGUUUUGGGACUAUUCUCAACUUCCAGACCAAGAUUGGUACUGGUAUGGGCGAGCAGAUGCUCAGUCGCGAGUACUACUACCUUGGUACUCAGCUUCCCAUUGACCGCUUUCUCACUUUCUACUAUGGUCAUCCUGGCUUUCAUAUCCACAACAUGCUUGUCAUUCUCUCUGUGCAAGUAUUCAUCACGACCAUGGUCUAUUUGGGAUCUCUUAGGGGCCAGUUAGCGAUUUGCAAGUACAAUUCGGCCGGCCAGCUGCUCAGCCCAGCGGGUUGUUACAACCUUAGUCCAGUAUUCCAAUGGAUCAAUCGUUGCAUUAUUAGCAUAUUUUUGGUCUUCCUGAUUGCGUACUUGCCUCUGUUCUUGCAAGAACUGGUUGAACGCGGCACUGCGAAGGCUAUCCUGCGUCUCGGGAAGCAAUUCGCCUCGCUCUCGCCUGCAUUCGAGGUGUUCUCAACCCGGAUCUCCUCUCAUUCGAUUGCAAGUAAUCUCACCUUUGGUGGUGCCCGCUACAUCGCCACUGGUCGUGGAUUUGCAACGGCGAGGCAAAAGUUCAGCAUUUUGUACUCGCGGUUCGCGGGUCCCAGUAUCUAUCUCGGUAUGAGAUUGCUGGUCAUGUUGCUGUACGUGACUAUUACGCUGUUCACCGGCUGGGUGGUCUAUUUCUGGGUUACUGUCCUCGCACUGUGUAUCUCGCCUUUCCUCUUCAACCCCCAUCAGUUUUCCGCUGCGGAUUUCAUCGUCGACUAUAGGGAGUUCCUGCGCUGGAUGAACCGUGGUAACUCCCGCGUGCAUCAAAACUCCUGGAUUGGCUACUGCCGCUUAUCUCGCACGAUGAUUACUGGGUACAAGAAGAAGAAGCUGGGCCACCCCUCCGAGAAGCUCUCAGGCGACGUUCCAAGGGCAGGCUGGCGAGCGGUCAUUUUCUCUGAGAUUGUCUUCCCUAUCAUUAUGGCCAUCCUGAUGGUCGUUGCGUACAUGUUCGUCAAGUCCUUCAAGGUCAACGGCGUACAGCCUCCGAGUCCCCUGAUCCGUAUCGCGAUCAUCUCUCUAGGACCGAUUGUCUGGAAUGCUGCUAUACUGCUGGUGCUUUUCAUGGUGUCCCUCUUCCUUGGGCCAUUCCUUGAUACGCCGUUCCCGAAGUUCGGUGCUACCAUGGCUUUCAUUGCGCACUCAUUGGGUGUCGUCGGCAUGAUCGGAUUCUUCGAGUUCCUGUGGUUCCUGGAAUCGUGGAACGUCGCGCAUGCCGUGCUCGGUCUCAUUGCCGUCAUCUACAUUCAGCGGGCAAUCAACAAGGUUCUCAUCUCGGUCUUCCUGUCUCGAGAGUUUAAGCACGAUGAGACGAACCGUGCGUGGUGGACCGGGAAGUGGUAUGGCCGCGGCCUGGGCGCGCAUGCCAUCUCGCAACCAGCGCGGGAGUUCAUCGUCAAAAUUAUCGAGUUGUCGCUCUGGAGUUCAGACUUCUUGACCGGACAUUUCCUUCUUCUCAUCUUGACGCCCCCUGUCUUGAUACCCUACAUUGAUCAACUGCACUCCACCAUGCUCUUCUGGUUCCUUCCGUCAAAGCAAAUACGUGCUCCUCUGUACUCUAUCAAGCAGAAGCGCCAGAGACGGUGGAUUGUGAUUCAAUAUGGCACUCUAUACGUGCUAGCGGUUGCUAUUAUUGCAGCUCUGAUUGCUGUUCCUCUCGCUUUCCGCGAAACGCUGCGAGUCAAUUGCAGUGUCUGCCAGCGGGUCUGAUUGGACGAUUGCUUACCUUCAGUUACACACCGUAUAGAUUACUUGCACCUGUACUUGUUCUUGUUUUUUUUGUGUAUCCGGCGGACAAUGUCGCUUAGCUUCUCAUGCGGAGAUGGACUGUUAUGCCUAGUGGAGUGUCUCGUUAGUUGACACGCCAAUGACCGUACCUAUACAGCCACGAACAAUACUAUUGUGUAUGACUGCAACUCGUGCAUUACGAUGCCGUAGGUGCCUUUGACAUGGUAUAGGUAUGUCGUACGUACAGUACUAGUGUAUGGAGCGACUCGCAAGGCGGCUUCUGACCCCGC